AUGAUAAAUUCAUCUUGGCCAAAUACACCAUGUCAAGUGCAAAGACCAUCAUUAAUUGAGGAUGAUGAUGAUGAUCAUACUAAUAAUAAGAAUGAAAAACAAUUGCUAUCAAGAAGUUUCACAUUUGAUAAGGAACCAUUAAAACAAAAACGAAUAAAAAGACUAAAUCGACCAUCACCACCUAUAAUUGAACAACAACCACAAUGUUUAGGUCGAAGUUUACUUAUUAUUGGUCCUCUACCAUAUGUACGUGACAUGCUUAAUGAAUUGAGUAAUACAAAAGCUUUUCUUUAUGCUCGACAAUGUCGUAUUAUUGCUGCUAAAUUACGUUUAUGUUGGAGUGAUGUUAAUGAAGAAAUAAAAUCAUUAUUAAAACAUAAAGAAUAUAUAGAAGCAGCUAUUGAACAUAUUCCAAAAGAUUUAAUAAUUAAUAAAGAGAAAGCAACAUUAUUGAAUGAAAAUAGUUUACUAUUUGUUGGAAAUUUACUUGCUUUUACAUCAGAUGUUAUACAAGUAUUUCAAGAUGUACCAAAAUUAAUUGAAGAAUCAUGUGAAAUUAAAAAACAAGCGAUGAAUCAAAUAAAAGAUACAAAAGUUUACUCAUUAAUUGUCAAUCAAAGUAUUGCUCAAAAACUUGCGGAUAUUAUUACAUUAGCUGUAAGAAUAUUGUUUCAUUUCAAAGACUAUAGUUUUGUUAGAAUUAAGCGUUUCUGAUAGGAAUGAAAGUAGGAUAUACAGAUGACCAACUACAAGCAAUUUAAUUUAAUUCACUCAAAGAGAGUUUUUUGACUAAACUUGCAAUUUUUGAAACGUUUUAGUCAAUUCAGCUCAACUGAAUUCAUCAAUUUUGAAAAUUGUUAUGAUGUGAUUACACUCAAUUUAAGAUUUGAACUAAGUUGAAUCAACCUUUUUGCAUUGAAUUGUUCAAUUCUGAUCUCGGUCAUUCUUGAGAGUGUGGGUGCGAGUGUGGUCUGGAAUUAGUUAAAGUGUGCACCCACAUCCUUUUUCUUUCUUUCAUCCUUGUCAGAUACUCGUUGUUCUUGCUGAUACUGUAGAGUAUCAUCAUCAUGUGUCUCUUUUUUUUUGAUAGACAUAUUGUCUUUCGAGAAUAUAUUAGAAGAUUUUGACUCUUCUUUGUCUGGUCUCAUUGAUGAAGUCAAAUUGUUUUUGACUUUAUCAAAUAAUCUAUUUGCUUGAAAUAAUGGGUAAAACUAUGGCAGAUAACGUAUAUAAAAGAACUUGAAAAAGAACAUUUCUGAAAAUUGAGCUUUGAAUGUCUAAAAUUAUUAUAAACCUAAUACAUAAUUUUUAUGCCAGGAUGGUGACAGUUAAAAUAAAAUUUCGUCCUCAAAAGUUUCAAUGAUAUAUCAAAGAAUCUAUAGAUCAUUUUGCGUAUUAUAAUGAUUUAUUAUUUAUUUAUCUUAGUAUCUAAUUUCGUAUUAUUUGUCAGAGUACCAAAAACAUUUUUGGCUCUAGUAAUAGAAAGAUCGAAAAGAAAAAUGUUGCAACAAGAAAAUGUUCAAAAAAAAGUUGUAUUAGUAAAGAUGAUGAGUAAUAUUUGACAGAGAAGAGCUAGCUAGAAUAAUCAGAAAAAUAAAAUAGUAUUAUACAAAUGAAAAUAUAUUAUCAUGACAAACAG